GCGAUGCUCAUCUCCGACCCCACUAGAACAAUCCCCACUUCCUCCAACUUGUUACCCAAGAGAGCUCAAUCGGUGGAAAGGAACCGGCCUUCAGCUCCUUCCUCACCAAGACCUUCUACACCGGUCCGUGAUUCAUCUGUGGAUGUGCACUUACCAUCCAGAAGGAUAACAGGAGGUCGUUUGCAGGAGAGUUUAUGGCCUUCAACAAUGCGAAGCUUAAGCGUUUCUUUCCAAUCAGAUGGCAUUUCUGCACCCGUUAGCAAGAAAGAGAAGCCAAAUACUAGCACUUUUGAUCGCACGCUGCGGCCGACUUCAAAUGUGGCUCACAAGCCAGCUGAACCUCCAACUGCACGUAAGCCAACGCCAGAGAGAAUCCGUAGUCCUCUGAAAGGGAAGAAUACAGCCGAUCACUCAGAGAAUUCAAAACCAGUUGAUGGCUUGCAUUCUCGUUUGAUUGAUCAGCAUCGGUGGCCAAGUAGUAUAGGUGGGAAGGUGUCUUCUAACACAACAAAUCGGAGUGUCGAUCUUGCUGAUAAGUCAAUCAGAACUUUGAAUUCUUCGGUUCCUAGAACUGCUAUGUCUUCACUGAGAAGGUUGUCUUCAUUGGACGAAGCAAGUAAACCCGUGCAAAAGUCCACAAGUGAUAUUGCAAGUAAUGUAUCAAUGGUUGAAAGUGGUAGUAGAACAGGAAACGAGGUAAAACCAGUUAAUGAUAAUUUGCCACUGGUAUUAAGACCUCUGAAAUUUGUUUCUGCCAGUCAAUCUGAUAAAAUAGCACCAACAACUCCCUCUGCAAGAUCUCAGUCCUUGCCAACUCCAAGAUCACGCCUGUCCUCCCCUAGUAAAACCUCACUUCUAUCUUCACCUUCACCCAGUGCAAGAGGCAUCAGUCCAUCUCGGUCCCGGCCAUCAACCCCUCUUAGUCCCUCUCGAAUAAGGUCAACCAAUUUAUCCAGUCAAUCCAACAGUUCAAUUUCGGUGCUUAGUUUUAUUGCUGAUUUUAGAAAAGGAAAAAGGAGCACAACCCACAUAGAUGAUGCUCACCAAUUGCGACUUCUCUACAACCGACAUUUUCAAUGGAGAUUUGUUAAUGCAAGAGCCGAGGAUGUGCUUUCUGUACAAAACUGCAGCUGCAGAGUUCUGUUUAAUGUGUGGAAAGCUACUUUGUCUCUAUGGGAUUCAGUUAUUAGGAAGAGGAUCAAUCUCCACCAGCUGAAACUUGAGCUUAAGCUAAACUCAAUUCGAAUGAUCAAAUUGCCUACCAUAGAUGAUUGGGCUUUACUGGAGAGAGAUCACGUAAAUGCUAUUGGGGCUAUUGAAGACUUGGAGGCAAACACUCUCCGCCUUCCUGUAACUGGAAGGGCGAAGGCAGAUAUGGAACAUUUAAAGGUUGCUAUCAGCUCAGCUGUUGAUGUCAUGCAAGCAAUGGGAUCUACUAUCUGCUCCUUGUCUCUAGGGUGAGUUAAAGUUUGUGCA